CAUCAUAUCUACAAAAUUCUAUAGUUAUAUCCAUAGUGUUGUCAGUUUUAGUGAUUGUAGGAACAUGCAUAUAUUUUUCAAAUAUUUUUCGUAUAUGCUACUAUGCAUCAAAAAUGCCUGGACCACGUGCUUAUCCAUUCAUUGGAAAUGCGACGCUAUUUUUGAAGUCUCAUGAAGUAUCAACACGUAACCUAAUAAGUGUGUCUCUGGAAUACCAGGACACACUAGCUCGAUUAUGGCUGGGGCCGAUACCAAUAAUCCUUUCAUCGGAUCCAGAAAUUGUUCAAGAACUUUUAACAAAUCCAAAUGUUUUGGAAAAGCCCGCUUUAAUGAAAUUGGUGUGGAUGGAUGCAAUGGGAAGUUCCAUUCUAAUAUCAAAUGUUCCAGUAUGGAAACAUGAUCGGAAUAUAAUUACAAGAGGUUUUAGUCCAAAUAUUUUAAAGUCAUAUUUUGACAUAUUUGUGGAAAAGAAUCAUAUUUUAACUGAAAAAUUAGAUUUGGAACUGAAUAAAGGAACAUCGUUUGACAUAUUUGGAUAUUUAGCGAGAACAACUUUGGAUGCAGUGUGCGAAUCAGUUAUGGGUGUAAAUAUUAACUCUUACAACGAACCCACUUAUUUUAAUGCGUCACACAGUGCUAUGCAUCUUGUUAUGAUCAGAAUAUUAAGUGGAUUUAAACUUUUCCCUUUUUAUUAUCGAUUUACCAAGGACUAUAAAAUAGCACGCGAGAAUCGUGAAAUUCUACGUAAAUUUACUGAAAAUAUAAUUGCUGAAAAAAGAAAAGAAUAUAAUCUUACAUCUGUUAAAAAUAAUUUAACCGAAGUCCAAGCAAUGAACAAGAAUCAAUUAAAAAAAUCAAUGCUGGAAUAUUUAUUAGAUUUUACAAAAAAUAAUGCGGAUUUUUCACAAGAUCUAUUGCGUGAUGAAAUUAACACAAUCAUUUUUGGGGCUUAUGAUACAUCAGCUACUACCCUAGCUUUUGUUUUAUUACACUUGGCAAACAAUAAAGACAUACAAACAAAAUUAUACCACGAAAUUUAUACAAUUUUCAAAGACAAAAAUGAAAUCGAAUUUGAUGAUUUAAUACAGCUAAAAUACAUGGAAAUGGUAGUUAAGGAAUCAAUGCGAUUAACCGCAACAGGACCAAUAAUUGUUAGAGAAGUAUCUGAAGAUAUUGAUAUCGGCAAUUAUAAAAUUCCAAAAGGGGCGAAUAUAGCAAUUCCAAUAUUUACACUCCAUCGAAAUUCAAAGUAUUGGAAGGAUCCACUAAUAUUUGAUCCCGAACGUUUUACAUCGGAAAAUAUUAAAAAACAACAUCCCUACGCUUUUAUACCAUUCAGCGCCGGUCCAAGAAAUUGUAUUGGUCAACGAUAUGCAUGGAUGCUUAUGAAAAUUGUAUUAGCCACACUAUUAAAUCGAUAUGAAUUUCAUACCGACUUAAAAUUUGAAGAGUUAAGAUUUGAGGCUUCUGUUACAUCAACAUUAGUGACUGGACACUUAGUACGAAUCACGCCAAGACAAAAAUCAGAUGAUAUUCAUCAAAAAUAAAAUUUUCAAUUUAUUAUAAUUCGACAUAAGUUACAUGCGUCU